AUGGCUGGAUGUCUCAUGACCGUUCUCUUUUCCGCAACCCCGGAUUUUGAGUCCCUGUUCCAUGGAUGCUUUCCCAAGCUUCCUGCCACGCUUAAAGCAGGAUCGCGCGACUGUCUAUCCGUGGAUCUUCUGCGACCGGAGUGGCCUCCACACACCAACAGCGCCGGCCCACCUGCGAAUCGUCGUCCCUUGUUCUCGCGAGGCAUUAUCCGACUUGGACGUUGGACGGAUCGUCCUUUUGUUGAGACUUUCAUCUCUUUGAAACAGGUGGGCUCCGCGCGCGCGACAUUUGUUUCACCUAUUAUCCGAUGCUCCGUCCUUCGUGACGGAAUAAGUUGUGACGUGGGUGAUUUCCUCCCCGAGAUCAAACCCCAGACUCCAUGCCGAGGAGGGAAUGCUUUCCGACGCCCAGGCCAUCCGGCAAGACCUGACCAGCCAGCAUCCCUUCUGCUGUCGAUCGCCGGGGACGGUCGCUUUCUAGAAUUUAGCAUUUCCUGGGGAAUUCUCAGGGGACAACGGAUCUGGAGAAGCCAAGGCCGGGUCGCGGGCCCACCUCGGUCGUCAUUGGGCCUGGGAUGCGGCAUUGCAGUGCGCGCCGCAUUGCCGGGGUCUCCAUUGGCGGCCUGGCGGGCGCUCGCUGGAGCUCCUCCACACGGCUGGGUUUGGCGGCCGGACGUGCGGUCUCCACCGAGUUGGCGCUUGCGCUGGGCCGUCCGCCGCCACCCAGCAAGAGCCGUCGGUAGACUCGAGGCCGAGCUAGAGGACCAGAGGGCCUUCGCACGAGUCACAGCCUCAGCAUAUCCACCCAUGAGUCGGGUGUCCCUGUCCAUCGUUAGCGCAUACCGCGUCCGUACGCAUCGUUCAGGCGAUCGGUACGGAAAUGUCGAUACACUGCCGGAGUACGAGGACAGAGAAUGGCACAGAGUACUGUACAGUACCGGUACAAAUCGACACACCCGCCAUAUCAGUCUCCGAUCAUUUGCUGUUGACGGCAUCAUCGUGGACGAUAAGGACCCGGGACCACCAUGGAUCUCUGCCAUAUUCGCAGCUCCUCUGCCAGCCACCCCGGCUGAGCAGGGCUCCAUCGAGCAUGGCCUGAUGGGUCUUGAUCCUGCUCGUCCUCUCUCAACCCACCCGCUGGGCGCAACAUCCAAUGCCUGUAAAAACAUCCUUGUUGAUAAAUCGCCAGAUCUGAUCCUUCCCGCAGCGGCCCAGGGCCAUCGGAGCGAUCGGUACGGUGAUGGCUUGCCAGCGCAUCCUGCCGCUGUCAGCAGAAGCGAUCACCGACGUCACUGUGGAAACGAUAUCGAUAGGCGUGAUUGCUGGCGUGACGGGGCAGGCGGCAUUCGACUGGACGGCAGGACGGCGUAUCGUCAUGCGGCCAAGGCUCAAGCAGGUACGCCGUUCCGUGGCCCGUGGACCGGUGGAGCGCCCGGCGUGUGUGAGUGGCCGCCGAGCUCGCUGCGUGCGCCCUCAUUGCUCGCGAGCCCUGGCCGGCCCAGCGCGAGCCUCGCACGACCAUCUCCUGUCAACUGCUAUCGUCUGCUCCUCGCCAGAAAGCUCUCCAGACGGUGUGUGCGUCCUCCUGCUCGCGGGCGCAAUUGGAAGCUCCAGACGCUGUCUUGUCCUCCGUACAGCGGUACCCCUCGUCGCGCCUCGGUGGAUGAGCCCGCCCGGGAACCGGCCCAGAGAGAACUGCGCAAUUCCCUGCAACAGUCGGCGACCGCGACAAGCACUGCCUGCCGCACCCUGAACAGCACAGAAUCCGGGUCACCGUGUCUGUCGAUUCCGUCAAUUCUCCUCUGUUCCAGUGGAAGCUCUCGCAAGCGUCCCGCUCUUUGCUCCGUCGAGUUUGGGAAGCGAAAGGCAGCAGCGGCCCGCACUCUUUUUGGUUUCAUUAUUGUACAAUUACACAAAGACCUGAGAAUGCUGGCGGAGACUAUGGUGGGACAGGAUCCCACAGCCAUCUCCCAGGGUGAAGACCUCUCCUCCAUCAGUGAAAUGCCCGGAGAUGUGUCAGACAUUCCGUCUCAGGAGGACUCCAAAUCGUCCGACUCGAACGGGCAGAAUGGAUCGUCGAACCCGAAUGGGCCUCCGCCCAAGUCGGAUAAGCCACGUCCCCAUGUCUGCACCACCUGUGGUCGGUCAUUUGCACGUCUCGAGCACCUGAAGCGUCAUGAGCGGUCCCAUACAAAGGAGAAGCCCUUUGAAUGCCCAGAAUGUGCUCGCUGCUUCGCCCGUCGGGAUCUCCUCCUUCGCCAUCAGCAGAAGCUGCACAUGACCGCGACGCCCUCCUCGCGUCCAAGGAACGCUCGAAGAGAGAGUACGGGGGCGGCAGGAGCUGGGACAAACCGCGUCCGGAAGAACUCCAUCGCGGGGACCUCGAGCACUAUGCGACCGAGAGCCAACACGAUCAGCCACAUUGAUGGCAACGCAUUGGGAAUGAUUAAUGCCGCCAACGCCUCCGUCACGAGACCGGGGCAAUCGGGCCAUAGCUACCAUCCCAGUCUCGGCGGUUCGGUGUCGGGACCUCCUAAUUUCGAUGUUCGGGGCUUCAGUUCCGUCCAUGCUCCGCCGAAUUCCUUGCCCAAGAUCGAGACCUCGGGGAUCCCCAUGGACAUGUCCGGAGGGCUACGCACGGCACCAGUCUAUGGCAGCUUCGGCUCGGACCUGGGUUUGGGUGAUUUCUACGGCUCCACCAUCAAUCCGGCGCAGCUUCACUUUGCAGGCUCCCCUCAAGGCUUUGGCAACGAGACUCCUUCGUCGCCUUUCAGCCAGGUUUUCAACAACGGGAUGCCCGCGGUCACCGAUCCGUUGCUGGACGACGAUGGCAACUUCGACUGGGUCAACGGCUUCGAUACCACUGUCCCACUUGGGAAUACCAGCGAGUCGGCCAUCGAAGAAUCCUCUCCAUCGGCUAUGAGCACCGGGAGCCAGAGUGGGACCAGUGAAGCGAUGCUGGAUGGAUCGACUCAGAUCGCGUCGUCGGUCAGCUGGCAGAACCCGUUUUCUUCUUCUUCUCAGUCAGCGGCGCAGUCGACACCGUUCGCGAUGGAUUUCUCCUCCCCCACUUUUCAAGACCUGAGCAUUCCUCCCGACACCGUGUCUCCGAAGUCCCUGAUGACGCAGAAUCAGUUCACAGACCCUUUUGUUGCAAACCCUCCACCCGUGACAUCAAUGAGCCCAUCGAUGUUGGGAGGACAGUCGCAGAGUAUGUUUUCAUCCUCCAUGGUAACCAGCGGAGAAUCUCCUAAUCCUUUCAACGCGCCUUUCGCAAGUAGUCCCCUUCGAAAUUCCAUUUCGUCAGGCUCGUCAGACACCUUCACAGACUCAACUCGACAGUCUCUACUAGCAAACAUGUCGCAGCCCAAUGGAGCUCCUCACCGGAAGUACUCGCAGCCCAGCAACGGAACCAUGUAUAAUCGCGACAACCUCUCCCGCCCGUCUGGCUUGACCAAUACGUACCUGUUGCCCAGCACUUUCGACCUCCAGCGCUAUAUCUCCGCGUAUAUCAAUUACUUCCAUCCGCAUCUUCCAUUCUUGCACAUUCCCACCCUCGAUUUCCAAGCUCCUGAAUACACCAACAAUCUGCGCACGCCUAGUGGACAUCUCAACCUGAGUUCAACCGGUCUUGCCGGCGGCGGUGGUUGCCUGAUCCUGUCGAUGGCCGCUAUUGGUGCCUUGUAUGAAUUUGAGACAGCCGUGUCCAAGGAUCUGUUCGAAUCGGCCAAGAAGAUGAUUCAGCUGUACCUGGAGGAGAGACGCAAGGCCGACAUGUCCGCAGCCCUCAAUCGGACCAACGCGGGACGUGAUAAUUCCGUCCACAACACGCCUUUGUGGCUGGUCCAGGCGAUGUUGCUGAAUGUCAUCUAUGGCCAUACUUGCGGUGACAAGACGGCGGCCAACAUCGCGAGCACCCACUGUGCGGCGCUCGUCAGCUUGGCAAGGGCUGCCGAAUUGACCCAUCAUGUCGACCCAGAAAAUCUGCCACAAGACUAUCUCAACAGCGGCAGACCAGGGCAAGGGGACGCCCAGGGGGAAAAUGCCCUGCCGAAGGAGCGGAAGGACUGGUUAGACUGGAAGAUCGUCGAAGAACGAAAACGGACCCUAUAUGCCAUUUUCACUCUCUCCAGUCUAUUGGUCUCUGCUUACAACCACGCACCGGCCCUUACGAAUUCGGAGAUCCGACUCGAUCUACCGUGUGAAGAGGAUCUUUGGGCCGCCGAAUCCCCACAGGCGUGGAAGAAGAUGGGCGGAGCACAGGCUGCGAAGAAGGGGAUUUCGUUUUCGUCGGCUCUGACCACACUGCUGACGGCAAGCCAGCGCCAGCAGUUCCAGUCUCAGUCCAGCAAUUCGUUCGGGUCCACGACUGCGGCAGAAGAUCUGCCCCAAAGUGAUCUGAAACCCAGCACGUUCGGAUGUCUGGUGCUGAUCCACGCUCUUCACAACUAUAUCUGGGAAACGCGUCAGAGACAUAUGGGUCGUCAAUGGACUGCCCAGGAGACUGACGCCAUGCAAGCGCACAUUGAGCCAGCGUUGCGAGCGUGGCAAGCGGCCUGGGCUAGCAAUCCUCUCCACAGCCUGGAGCGGCCGAAUCCCUUUGGCGCGGGGCCACUCUCAGCCGACAGCAUUCCGCUCCUUGAUUUGGCUUACGUCCGACUAUUCGUCAAUUUGGGUCGGUCCAAAGAGGCCUUUUGGCAACGGGAUUGGAACCUCAUGUCCAAUGAACUGGCGCGCGGCGCGGAAAUCAUCCAUCCUGCAGAGGACUCUGGCGCUGACGGUGCGGACUCUACGAAUGAUAUGAACAACCGAAGAGACUCCAUAGCAGAUCUCGGAGUGGGAGACCUCAGCAUAUCCACGACACCGACCCAGGAGAAACCCGUUCCCGAUAUGUCUCCGAUGUACCGGUCCGGUCAAUCGAGACGGGAGAAACACCUGCGCAAGGCUGCAUUCUAUGCGGCUGAUUCGAUGUGCAUGUCGGAUCGGUUGGGUAAUACGUUUGCUGAAUUCACGUCCCGCGAACUGCCCCUCCAAUGCGCACUGUGUUCGUUUGACUGCGCUCAAGUUCUCGCGGAGUGGAUAACGACCGUCCAGGAACGGGUCGGACCAUACCUGGGUGUGCUAGGCCGGGAUGAAGUCGAUCUGACCCAAGUUCCCGGAAUCAUGCUUUUGGAAGAGGAGGACUGCAAGCUGAUCGACAAGAUUAAAGAGAUUCUGAAUAGUCUUGAGACAAAGAUGCAACGCGAGGCCCAGAACACUGGUUCGCCUAGCGCGAUUAAUGCUUUGCAGCGUCUUCCCAGCGUGGUUGAGGGUGGUUAUGGCAGCAAAAUCUUAAUGGCCACGGCUUACUUGCUCGACAGGGCCGCGGUCUGGCCAGUGACCAAACUCAUGGCUCACUCCCUCGAAACCCAAGCGAUGCGGAUGAAAGAACGGGCGGAAAACUCGGUCAUGAUUAUGAACUAA